GAUGGGCAGCUGAUGUCUCUCUGGGUGCUGCUGGUUACGAGCUUCAGCCCUCGAUAGCCAACGUGCCACUUGAGAGUGAGUUGCAAAGUGGCAAGCCAUCAUCAGGGAGGCAGAAGAAACUCAGCUGCAGCGGCUAUGCCUUCUCCCCGCCUUUCCUUCUUCGGCCUUCUCUUCCUCCUGCUUCUGAUGCUGGGCUCCGCUUCUCAAGAUGAUGGCGUGGUGAUCACAAGCAGUGGCCCCGUGAAAGGCAAGACGGUCCCAACCAGCUCAGGCUCUGUGACGGCCUUCCUGGGCAUCCCGUAUGCCGAGCCCCCUGUGGGGAAGCUGCGUUUCCAGAAGCCCCGCCCUCACCAGCCGUGGAGCCGUGUCUUGGAGGCCACCAGCUUUGGCAACUCUUGUCCCCAGACAAACAUUUCCAAGUUCCCCGAUGCAGCCUUAUGGACUGCCAACACGCCACUUUCGGAGGACUGCCUUUUUCUCAACGUCUGGGUGCCCAGCCCGCGGCCCGUGGAGCCCAUGCCUGUCCUUGUAUGGAUCCAGGGUAUCGGCCUGAUCAGCGGCACCGCCUCCCUGGAUAUCUACAACGGAGCGUUAUUGGCUGCUACAGAAAAAGUCAUUGUGGCGUCCAUGAAUUACCGCUUGGGGGCAUUGGGCUUUCUGUACAUGCCUCCAGAAGCACUGGGAAAUGUUGGCUUGUGGGACCAAUGGCUGGCUCUGAAGUGGUUGAGACAGAAUGCUGCUGCCUUUGGCGGGGAUCCGGCCCAGCUGACCCUCCUUGGGCAAAGUGCUGGAGCAGCCAUGGUGGGUUUCCAUUUGCUCUCUCCAGCAAGCAACCCCCUUUUUGCCCGUGCUGUGCUUCAGAGCGGAGUCCCCAAUGCCUUCUGGCCUUGGAAAACUACCGAAGACGCCGAACAAGAUACAGUCGGGGUAAGCAGCGCAGUGGGAUGUGCCAGUGAAAACCGGACUGCCGUGCUCAAGUGCCUACAAGAAAUAGACAUUGAAGAUAAAGCAUUUGAGCCCCUGUAUUCCAUCAACUCAUUGACAAUUGAUGGAGAGUUCCUCCCAGAUGAACCCCCGAAGCUUCUGGACAGCACAGCCUUGCAGGGGAAACCAGUCCUCACUGGUAUCACAGCUGAUGAAGGCUCAACCUUUGUAUUAUUUUGGUAUCCUAGCGCUGAAGGGGAUGGCAGGAUACUGACCUGGGAGGAGCUCCUUCAAGGAGUGAAGGGAACCAUGGAAAGGGGAACUGCAGAAGAGGUUGCUGAGGCUGUAGCCCUGAGGUUCAGCGAAGGUUACGAUGGGCCAGAACGGUACCGUUUGGCCUUUGCUCAAUAUUUUAGAGAUUAUUUCUUUUCAUGUGCACUGCAUGAAUUUGCUGCAAAGAUGAGCAAGACAAAAAUCCAGACACAUCUCUACAACCCUAUAAAGUAUUCUUUAGAGGUGAAAGAAACGAAGACUCCGGUGUAUGUGUAUUCCUUUGAUCACCGUACUUCUGCCUCUGAUUGGCCUGAGUGGGUACAGACACCCUAUGCAGUUGAGAUACCUUACCUGUUCGGAAGCUUUGCAUCCGCAUUUCCAAGAAACAAAUCAGUCACACAAGCCGAGGUUGCCCUGAGCCGCCGAGUGAUGCGAUACUGGGCAGAGUUUGCCAGGAGUGGAAAUCCCACGCGGUCCGAACCAACCGAAGCGCAAUGGCCGGUGUAUGAUGUGGAAGAGCAGAAAUUCUUCCAGAUCAGCACAGCACCACCCCAGCUCAAGCGGCUGAGACCACCCCCACCCUGUGAUUACUUAGCCACACUUCGUAUGAAAGGAACCAGCAAGGCGAAACCCCAAGAGGACACUGCUUGACCCGUUUGAGAGAAGGAUGUGAAGAACAAGAAAAGAAUCUAAGAUAGCCGACUGUGGAAUACCUUUCAUCAGUUGAGAUAAUUGAUUGGUUGAAACCAGUGAGUUACCACUGAGAGGGUCAAACAUGGAUGCCAGAAGUAGUUUCGCAAGAUACUAAAGAUGCGCUCUUUAGCAUUGCAGCACUUCUAUCCAUGUGCUACUAAAUAUUACUAUUGUUUAUGGGCAAUGCUGAAUGCUGAAAGAAAUAAACUUCUGAAAUGCAAUAGAA